GGUGCGGCAGUGCGCAAGCGCGGCGGGUCCGCGGCCGUUGGGUCUUAUGUCGCGCCGGGCCCUCCGGAGGCUGCGGGGAGAACAGCGGGGCCAGGAGCCCCUGGAGCCCGGGGCCCUGCGCCUAGGCCUCGAGGGUCGUGAUGACGGCGGCGAGGAGGAUGACGAGGAAAUGGGGCAGCCGCCGAGCGAUCCUCGCCGGAGGAGGGGGAGGAGGGAACGCAGCGCCAUUAGCAACUUGUACGAGCUGAUAACCAGUGAAGAACCUGAGGAUGAACUUUUAUCCAAAGCAAGGGGAGAAGAUUACAGACUGAAGGUACAAGAGGGCGCAGAAAAUAAUGAAGACACUAAAAAUGGAGAACCAGAGGUCAACCAGGAAAGAGAUGGAGAAGGUCUUUCACAUGAAAACCAGGCAACAACUAGUUCACAGCCUAAUCUGAAUAACAAGCCACGAAAGAAGAAGAAGAAGAAGAAAAAUAAGAAAACCACAGUAGGAGAAACUCCGGAAGAUGAUGGUCUCGAAGAUAUUGACAGCAUUUUAGAGAAAAUUGAAGUUACCAAUGGUGUGUCAAAUCAGACUCAUAGCAGUGUCAUCAUGGAGAGUCGGCCUCUUCUCUAUGUCGAGCACAGACACUUGAAUCCGGAAACAGAGCUGAAAAGAUAUUUUGGAGCUCGAGCUGUCCUCGGAGAUCAGAGGCCUCGGCAGAGACAGCGUCAAUACCACCGAAGCACGUGGCUGACUACUCCGAAGAGCACCUGGCCCCGCUAUAGCAAAACAGGUAUUACAAUGCGAGUGCUGGAGUCAAAAAGGGGAGUUCAACACUUCACAUUUGAACACCACCGAGAGUACCAGCAGGUUCAGUUCCAGUUCCUAAAUGCAGUGGAGUCCAUGGACCCAAAUAAUAUCGUGCUUCUGCUCCAGGGAAACCCUUAUCACAUAGACUCACUGCUCCAGCUCAGUGAUGUUUGUCGACUCCAGGAGGAUCAGGAGAUGGCUCGUGAUCUUAUAGAGAGAGCUUUGUACAGUUUGGAAUGCGCAUUUCACCCUUUGUUUAGUCUCACCAGUGGAACCUGCAGACUAGAUUAUCGCAGAACUGAGAACAGAGCUUUCUACCUGGUUCUUUUCAAGCACAUGAUGUUCCUAGAGAGGAGAGGCUGUCCCCGAACAGCCCUGGAAUUCUGCAAACUUAUCCUAAGCCUUGAUCCAGACAAUGACCCCCUCUGCUUAUUGCUGAUCAUUGAUUUGCUGGCAUUACGAGCCAGGGAUUAUGGAUUCCUAAUACGUAUGUUCCAGGAAUGGGAGAGUCAUCGAAACUUGUCCCAGCUCCCAAAUUUUGCUUUCUCUGUUCCACUGGCGUAUUUUCUUCUCAGUCAGCAAGAUGAUCUCCCGGAGGUUGAACUGAGUUCUGCAAGGGAGAAUGCAUCUCGCCUGAUCCAGCAGGCGCUCAUCAUGUUCCCUGGCGUUCUCAUGCCCCUGCUGGAUCGCUGCAGUGUGCGCCCAGACUCUGCGGUUUUAGCUCAUCCUUUCUUUGGACUCAGUACUCAGAUAAGCCAACCUCCUGCCUUGACCCAGCUGGUUGCCCUAUACAUUGGGAGGACAUAUUCUCUCUGGAAGGAUUCUACCAUCAUGGCUUGGCUAGAAACAAACGUCAGAGAAGUGCUACAGACAGUAGAUGCUGGUGAACCCAUAGUGGAAGAAGCUGAAAGAAGGCGGAAGGUCCGGUACCAGAGUGCACCCAGAAAUAUCUAUCGCCAUGUGAUCCUUUCUGAGAUGAAGGAGGCCACCGCAGCCCUGCCUCUGGAAGUGACAUCCCAGCCUGUGAUGGGGUUUGACCCUCUGCCUCCCCUGGAUUCCAUCACUUCCUACACCAGACCACGAAGGGCACACCGUUACUCCAAUGAAAGCACAUUAUCUCUCUUCUUUCGAUCAUUGUUGCCAAAUUUUACCUUUCAGGGAGAAGAUACACCGGAUGAAAUAGACCCAGUUGGUGCAGAAGAGGACCUCGACCAGGGUUUGAACAGGCUGAUGGCAGCCAUGCGAGACCUCCUGGCCAACAUCCAGUUCCAGGACCCUCCAACAGAAGAUAACCCUGAUGGGAAUGGAGAUGAGGAUGAAGACGAGGAUGAAGACUGGGACUAAGACUAGAGCAUCCAGAAUCCCAGUGAUAUGCUGUAGAAUUAUGUUCAUGAUUUUUUUCGGUUGAAAUUUAAUAGUUCCCUAAAGUAAAGUAAAAAAGUAAGUGCUUAAUUUAUAAAGUCAUUUGCCUCUUUCUUCUGCAAAUUUGUAUGUGUUAUAUGAGGCAGGGCAUCAGAAUUCUCUGAAGUGUGCUCAGAGUGCAGCUUAGAAGCAGACGAAGCAGUGACUGCUAGUGACUGAGGACUUUUCAUCUGUUGAAUCCAUCACUUUCUUUUUAACCUCCUCUUUGGGAUAACAGCCUAUACAGGGUUAAUGUGGAGUCCACGUCCAAGAUAAGCCUGGAGCUAGAGGAGAGUUAGGGAAGGAAGGAGCAAAACUAGGGACAGAUGGAGCCCCAACUGCCUUUUAUGGGCUCCCAGCAACUGGCCUGUCUGGACAGCCUGGCUCGGCCUCAGACCAGGGGGCAUCCGUGGGGCUAUGUAGAACAGGGCUCCUGACCGCAACCAAACACUGGUUUUGUCCCAUUUUCAGCUGCUCCUUGUAACAUUUGAGAGAACUUUGGUGCCCCCUUGGUGUGAAGCAAAGCCACUUGUUUUAGGGGAGGAGCACCUGGAUUGGGAAGGACAGAAGUCCUGGUUCUGCCUCUGAGACUGACCUCACCUCUCUGGCCUCAGUCUUUUCAUAUGUAUAAUGGGAGCGGUAAUGUUUGCACUAAAAAUCCCAUGAUCGAGUUGUUAGGAAACUACUUUGUGAAUGUGAGACACUGAAACUCGGAAGGAAUCGUGGAUGUUAUCAUUGCCUAAAAGAACAGUGAGAGGCUGUCACAGGCCUACAUUCUUAUCUCUACACUGAACCUCUGAUUCCGAGAUUAAUUUCCAUGUCAGAUGAAGCUAGACAAGAACAGGUAGGCUCUACCAGAUGGUACUCUACAGCAGACUAUGUAGUCACUUAUUUGACUAAAAGAUACAUACAGAAGAGAGGAUUCCAUCAUAUUUAUGUGUUGACCAUAAAAAAGUAAUUGAUUUAGGAGAACAAAAUGCAGUCUUCAAAGGCCCACUUUCAACAAGAUGUCUUUAGAACAUAUGUUAAGAUCUCAGAAUUGUUGUGUUGGAAGGGACCUCAGCAGCCAGCUGGUCUAAUCAGUAACUGAAUGAGAAAGUACUCUGCAGUGUUCCUGACAAGUGGCCAUCCACCUAGCCUUUGCUCAGAGACCUCCAGGGAGAUCCAGCGCGCUCCUUCCUAAGGUGGCACAGCUCCAAUUGCUGGCUAGCCUAAAUGGGCAACUUCUUCCUGUUACUUCCAGUUCUUUCCUUGGGGGCCAAGUAGAAUAAGUCUAAUCCCUCUUCAGUGUGACAACUCCUUCACUUCAAGACAGCUCUUUAGUCUUAGCUUUUUCUAGUUCCUUUAGCUUGUCCUCAUAUCAUGAAUUCAAGGCCCUUCAUCACCUUGGCUGCCCUCCCUGGGACACCCUCCAGCCUUUAGCAAUUUCCUUCCUAACUUGUGGUGCCCACAGUAAUGAUGAUAAGAAUUAGAAUUAGCAUUUAGGUAGUGCUUUAUGGUUGCAAAGCACUGUAUGUAUAUACAAUCUCAUUUGAACUUCCCAACCACCAAGGUGCUUUUAUUAUCCCCAUUUUAUAAACUGGGAACUGAGGCAGAUGGGUUAAGUGGCUCACCUAGGGUCACAUUGCCUAUAAAAGUGAUCAUAAUGCUGCAGUUACAGCCUUACCAGGGCAGAGUACCGCAGGACCACCGCUUCCUUGUUCCUUCCUGGACCCUGAGCCUUUUUUACUAUAGCCUAAGAUUGUAUUCGUUUUCUUGGCUGCCCUAUCACACUGUUCACUGACAUUUAUUUAUUUGAGAUCCACCAAAACUCAGAUCUUUUUCAGAAAGACUAGCCAUGGCACCUUCCAGCAUCUUGAUUUUUAAAACCAAUUCUAAGACUUUACAUUUAUCUCUAUUAGAUUUCAUUUUAUUCAUUCCAGCCCAAUGUUGUUGUCUGUCAAAAGCUCUGUGGCUCCUGACUCGAUUUUCCAUUGUGCUGGCUCUCCUUCCCAGCUUUGUGUCAUCUGCAAAUUUGAAAAGUGUGCCCUCUAUGCCUUUGUCCAAGUCAUUGAUAAGGAUGCUAAACAGCACAGGGCCAAAAACAGGUGUCAGGAAGCUUUUAAUGACAAAUCUUAAGGUUCAGCAAUUCUACCAAUUCCAAAUACAUCUAACAGUAUUAUCUAGCAUCUUUUCCACAAGAAUAGCAAGGACACUGUCAUAUGCUUUGCUAAAUCUAGGCAAAAUAUAUUUACAACAUCAGUCUUCCAGUUUUAGUAACCCUGCCAACAAAGGAAAUCAUUUUGGGCCAUUGGGACCUGUUCUUUGGUGAAUCCAUACUGGUUCUUGGUGAAUAGAGCUUCUUCUAGAUGUUCCUUCAUCAUCCCAUCAAUAUCAGAUGAGAAAGUGUAUGUGUAACACAUUGAAAACUAUAGGAUAAGAACUGUCAUUAAAUUGCCCUGACUAUUGGCUCCACAGAGGAGGUAUUAAUGGAAUACUCCGUUGCUCCACUUAACAUUUUUGUGAUUUUCCCAGAUCAUAGCACCCUUUCCCUGGUUACCACUGUAUGUAAUACUGUGUCUCCCCCUAGAAUGUAAGCUUUCUUGAGAGCUGAAACUGCCUUUUGUGCUUAGCAAAGUAUCUGGCACUUAGUAAAUGCCCAGUAAGUGUUUUUUACUUAUUCAUAAAUAAUGGUUAUUAACAGCAACCAUCUUGUCAAAAUCAGUUGCACUUACUGCCCUGUAGUUUGCACACUCUGUUCUCUCCUUAUUUUUGGAAAAUUGAGACAUUUGGCCUUCUUUAAUUCUGUGGUACCUUUCUCAUUCUCCACAGUCUUUCAAAGAUCACAGACAGUGAGAAUCAUGUCUGCCAGUUCUUUCAGUGCCUGAGAAGGCAAUUCAUUUGGGUCAGAUAAGAAAUGGAAGGGAUUCUGUGUUGAUGUAGUUCCUCCAGAUGCACCCAGUGGCUGAUUGAUGCAAGUUCCCCCCAAAACUGCAGAGCCUCCUAAAUGAGAUCCAAAAUGUCUUAAAUGUUUGACCUGACUAGCCACAUAGGAAAUAACCAAAUGGAUGAAAAAUGCCUAUUGUCCAGUCCAAGAGAUAGUGAAUAGAUAGUCCGGUUAGCUGAUCCAUCUUGAACAGAUACUGCGGGUAGACGAUGAACUGGUCCAAGAAUUGACUAGGAGAGACAACAGCCCGAAUUACAUAUGGGAAGUUACAUAGGACAGUGUACUCGCAUAAGUCAGGUCAUAGUUCCAUUGCAAUCUCUCAAGUACUGGCAUUAUUCCUCCACUAAAAUCCUUCUAUAUAUCAUCAUGGCUUGGAGGUGAUCCUAGAGUCUUGCAGGAUAUACCAGUAGAACAAAAAGUCUGCAAGAUCUUGUCGACCCAGGCAUGUGUUCUCUCUCCUGUCAGAGGACUACCAUGGUUAUGUUCAAAGAGGCCAGAAGAUUGGGUACUAAGUGAUUAAGUCUUGGCCACAGCAACUUAUGAAGUCCAUUUAUUAAGGCAUGGGAGCAUUACCAGCCACAUUGUUGGUGGAGGCAAUAUUUCUACUGAUAACAUCAACAGGUGUUCUGAAAUGUUAUGAUUAUUAUUGGGGCUGGUUCUUUGCUUAGGAGUAAGGGCUCCAGCAAUUAAUCAUUGCUCCUUGGUCUCCAGAGGGGAUUUUUUUGUCCUGUUUUGUUUCGAUUUUUGCCAAAGAGGAAAAAAAAAAAGUCCUACUGGUAUUUCUAGCUUCAAGUGACUCUAAGCCUGGGCCUUGAGGAUAGUUGAAGGUGAAAUUCUGUAUCUGAGACUUCGGAGGCAAUCUGUAAACUCCAAUUAAAGUGACACCAUGAACAGGACCAGAGAAGAAGGUUUAGCUAGGGAGGCACCAAAAAAAUAUUCCAACUCCAUUAAAGAACGUAGAUGGGUAAUAACUCUAAAAAAUCGAUUUUCUGAGUGUUGUAGGAGAAUACUAGAUUAUCAUUGGAAAUCAGAGGAGAUGUAGCGGACCCAGGGCACUAGAAAAAUUUAGUUGCAGUAACCUUGUGAUUCAUUGGAGGGGUAGAGGCAGUGAAGAACCAGCAAUGAAACACUGCUGGGGAGAAAAACAAUGCUGUAGCUGGUUAAACCAGUCCAAAAUGAAAAUGUAGGUUCCAAGUCUGCUUUGAAGGGACUCAUCUGUCUGCCUUUAAGAAUGAUCCUGAAGUGAUGUCCCUGCGUGCAAGACCCUAGAGGCCUGUGGGAGUGCAGAGAAACUGAAAUCCCAGUAGCCCACUGCAUGGCUAACUGGGUUGAUGAAGCACUCUUACCUCCUGCUACACCUGGGUAUUCACCUGAAAAUGAGACCUGCUGAACAGAUAGGCAAAGGUUACAUAUGAGAAUGGAAAUGGUAGACUUUGGAGUGGCUGUAGAAGGACAGAUCUGUCAUGCAUUGUUGGCUGAGCCACUCUAGAAAGUAAUUUGAAAUUAGGGAGAAGUGAGUGAAAUGCCCAUUCCUUUUGACCUAGGGAUCCCACUGUUGGACAUGUCCUCCAGAGGUUAGGAAUGGAAGGAAAGGUCCCAUACACACCAAAAUAAUUCACAGCAGCACUGUUUUGUUUGAAUAAAAGGAGUUUUGCUUUUAAGGGAAAAAAAGAAGGCUAGAGUGGAGUGGGAAAUAAGACCCAAAUGGGCAUCAGUAGUUUUCCCAAGUUUGUGGAAACCUCUGUUAAGAAGUCUUAGGUUUGGCUUAGGGGGUAUCGGGAGAUCCGGAAUGAUGUAUUUUACUACUUAAAUUUAAACCCCAUGAUGUUUGAGCUGAAGAGGACUUCAGAAAUCAUUUAGUCCAGCUCCUUCACUUUACAGAGGCUUGCAGAGAUUCCAUGACUUUCCCAAACUGGAAACCACUGCAGCGAUCCCUGCAACUCCAGGGACAGUUGCCGCCCCAUCAUUCAUUUCUAACCUCUCCAAGUGACUGGAGGAGAGAGAUGGAAAGGCUCUGCUUCCCACCCAUCUUGUUAUACUUUGAAUCUUCUUCAAAGAGGUCUUGGUCACAGAAAGUGCUCCUGUGGGUUUUAAUUUUUUGUGUACUUUGGAGAAAGUUAGGCAGAUUUAAAGGUACUUUGAUGACUAAAUUUAAAAUAGAAGAGAGCAGAAGGCAGUAAAUUAGGGGACACAGAUAAGCAAGGCAGUGUUGGAACUAGCAUAUUUAAUUAAAAAUAAUGAUAAAAUAGCUAACAUUUAUGUAGCAUUUACAAGUUUGCAAAGCACUUGGCAAAUAUCUCAAAACUUAGAAAUAUUGCUCUAAAAAGCAAUCUAUAUAUGAUGGAGAUUCGUGGUUUGAUAUGUAGUGCUCUUUUUGUCUUCUUAGGGACAACUAGGUUGCAAAAUGGAUAGAGCACUGGGCCUGGAGUCAGGAAGACCUGAGUUCAAAUCUAGCCUCAGACACUUAGUAGCUGUGUGAUCCUGGGCAAGUCAUGUAACCUCUAACUGCCUCGGUUUCCUUAUCUGUAAAAGGGGAUAAUAGCACCUACCUCACAGGGUUGUUGUGAGGAUCAAAUGAGAUAAUAUUUGUAAAGUCCUUAGCACAGUGCCUGGCACAUAGUAGGCACUUAGCAAAUGCUUAUUCCUUUCCCCUUCCCCCUUUGUAUAAGGAAAUGUUCAUGGUUGUUGAUUUCUGUAAAGUUCAUAACAAUAAAAUGAGGAAAAAAUAAAGAAAUGCUCCUA